ACCUAAGAUUAAUCAAUCAUUAUAAAUGAUCUUCAAUUUAGAAGAGAGAAUAUAAUAUACAGAUGAUGGAAGAGAUAUCAGAGACGGCAAAAGCUUAUUAUGCAAACUUAUCAGAAAAGCAGAAGCGAUUAGCAAAAGAUUUUUUCAACGAAAUGGAUAAAGAUGGAGAUGGAAAAAUUACUUUCGAUGAAUAUGAGCAAUACAUUAAGACAAAGAAAGGCUUUAAAACAAUUGCUUCUUCGGAUUUCUUUAGGAAGCUCGAUAAGGACGGAAAUGGCUCAUUGGAUUUCGGUGAAUUUGUGACUGUACACUACAUAUGCGCAAGCGAAAGAGUUUUCUAUUGCGAUGAGUGUAGAAUCUUUCUUGAUAGAGUCUAUUCUACUUGUGUCCCGUGCUUCAAUGGCUCCGGUAAUACUUAUGAUCUCUGUGUUUCUUGCUAUCGCGAUAAGAAUAUCAUUAAUCAUCACAAGGAUGCUGUGUUUCUCGAUAAUUACACGAUGCUGCAAGCCAAGAGGAAUCAGAAUAAUGCAUCAGCAAGCAAGGGAAACAAAGGAGUUAAAGGGGACCGUUGA